UUGAACUCUAUAUCAGUACUCAGAAUAAAUAUUAUUUAAUGAAAAAUACAGAAAUUCAUGAAUUGAAUAAAUAUUUUAUUUUAAUUAAAACCAUCAUGUGUGGGAUAUUUUGCGAGAUAUAUUUUUCUAAACGAAAUAUCAGCAAAGAUGAAAAGUUAUUAAAUUGCAUUAAACGAAGAGGCCCAGAUUGUAUUAAUGAACUGGAUAUAGAGAUCAAUAAGAAUUUUAGAUUAUUCAUGUGUGGCUGUGUGUUAUGGAUGCAAGGAAAAAAACCAAUAAAACAGCCUCUUGAAAGUGACACGGGUAUUCUACUCUUUAAUGGAGAUAUUUUCAAUAGUACUUGGGGUGAAGAUAGUGAUACAGAAGCCUUAUUAAAUAUUUUUGAUAAUGCUAUGUCUACAGACCAUCUAAGGGCACAAUUGAAAGCACUAAAGGGCCCAUUUAGUUUAAUCUAUUACAACAAACACACCAAAAUAAUGUAUUUUGUUAGAGACAGAAUUGGAAGAAACUCAUUGCUUUUCCAUAAAUCUGAGAAUUCAUAUGUCUUGAGUAAUAUUUUAAGUAGAAAAUACCUGUGUAGUGAAAUACCAGCAAGUCAUAUUUAUGAAAUGGAUAUAAAUAAAAAAUCAAUUAAUCUGCACUCAUGGGAAACAUGUGAAAAUUCUCAGACUAUUUCUCUAGAUGAUUGGAUCCAAUCAUGCCAAGAUCGACAGAGUCUUCCGGAUGAAGAUUUUUGUUUCGAUUAUGAAUCUUCCCUCGACCUUAAUGAAAAGGAUUCUGUUAUUACACACAUAGAAAAUGCUUCUUUAAAUCACAAAAACAAGCAGCACAUUUUUGAAAGUCUGUUAGAUAAUGAAGUUAUUCUAAAUACCGUUAAAAAUAUCUGCAAGUUGUUAGGAAGAAGUGUACAAGUGAGAGUGCAAACACAACCUAACAAGUGUAAGUCAUGCAUAUCUAAUGAGGAAACUUAUUGCGAACAUUGCACAACAGGCAUUCUUUUUUCGGGAGGCUUGGACUGCACCAUAUUAGCAUUUCUAGCAGAUAAAUUUUUACCCAAAAAGCAACCCGUUGACCUCAUUAAUGUUGCAUUUAAAUCAAAGGACAGUACUUCUUAUGAUGUCCCCGACAGAAUAACUGGAAAACAGUCAUAUCAAGAACUCCAACGGCUCUGUCCAGACAGAUUGUGGGUAUUUCAUGAAGUUAAUGUUCCAAAAGAGCAAUUAGAAGAGUAUCAAUCAUUAAUCAUAGGAGACCUGGUCUAUCCGAGAAAAACUAUAUUGGAUGAAAGCCUUGGAUCAGCUUUAUGGUUUGCUGCGGGAGCUGGGUCAUUAUCACAUUGUAGGAUUUUACUGCUUGGUUCUGGAGCUGACGAAUUAUUUGGUGGAUAUGUAAGACACAGGAAUGCAUACAAGAGACAAGGCUGGUUAGGUUUAUCAAAAGAGUUACUAUUAGAUUGGAAAAGAAUAUCAUUUAGGAAUCUUGCAAGGGAUAAUAGAGUGAUAUGUGAUCAUGGGAGACAACCCAGGAUGCCUUAUUUGGAUGAGGAUUUAGUUGAGUAUGUACUCAAUCUCAAACCUUGGCUUAAGUGUUAUCCAAGCGAAACUUUACCAUGUGGAAUUGGUGAUAAAUUAAUUUUAAGGCUUGUUGCAUUUCAACUCGGCUUUGUAAAUGUGACAUUUCUACCGAAACGUGCAUUACAGUUUGGUUCAAGAAUUGCAAAUAAAAAAGAAAAAGGAAAUGAUAUAUCAAAAACAUUUAUGAAUACAUAACACCAGGCACCAUUAAUAUUUAAUAUUUACUCUUGUGAUGAAUAAAUUUGUUACUUUAAUGAUAA